AUGGCUGCUCCAAAGGUGUUCAGCGUUCGGCCUGGCUCGAAGCAAGAAGCCAUCCAACAGGCCCAGAAGUCUUUGGGUACCAACGCCAUGGCGACGUUGACCGCAGACCAACUCAAGACGAAGCCGGGCGAGCCCAAGGGCGUGCCUGAGACCUCUGAACUCUCCUACACCUGCAUCACCGAGAUCGAUCCCGAACAAGUUGCAUCCAUUGUUGUCGGAUUGGACCGCACCAUUCCUCGCUGGAAACCUGGCUCGGUCAUCAACUACGCCACUUACGCAGACGGGUACCCGAACCAAGAAGACGCCAUCUACGCCGCAAAUGCGCUCAUCGAAGCAGCAGACUCGUGGAACGCAGUUGACUUUGGCGUCCAGUUCAACUGGGUGCCGAAUCUCGAGGAUGCCGCCUUUGUCCUCGCCUACGGGAAAGACAAAGGCAGCGUGUUGGCCAGCGCUUACUUCCCAAACGCGGAACCCCUGAACACUGUCUGGGUGUAUAGCUUUGCCUUUGACAAGGAGCCUAGAGUCGGGAGGGAUGGUGUGACCAAGUUCAAGAACUACGAGAUCAUGAAGAACGUCUUCCAGCACGAGUUGGGCCAUGUGCUGGGCUUGCGGCACGAGUUCGCCAUCGAACGCGAGGGCGCGGGAGCUGUUCGACUGUUCUCAAAGGAUCCCAACUCGGUCAUGAGCUACUUGUUCCCGCCUGAGAUUCAAGAGUCGGACAAAAAGGACUUGAGGGCGUUCUACGGCCUCCCACAGCUUGUGGACUUUGUUCCUGACAAUUGA